AUGCUUGAUUAUAUUGUUUUAUAUAAUAAAAAAAGUGGUUUUAGUCAAGAUGAAAUGUUUGAAUAUUUUAAUUGUGGUAUUGAUCAUUUAAUUGUAAUUGAUCAUAAAAAAUCUUCUGUUGAAAAUAUCCUACAACAAUUAACUCAAACAUAUACAUCAUGUUUUCUUCUUGGAACAUUUACUUCAAUAAAUUCUAGUCCAAUACGUAAUAAAUCAAUACAUUUACCUCAACAAUCACGAUCACGUACUGUUCAGUUAAAAAAUAUUUUAUUUAAAUAUCCAAAACCUUGUCUUACAUCAAAUGAUAAUCCUAUUGUUACUAAAGAUCGAAUGAAACAACCCAUUGCAAAUGACAAAACCCGUUGUGCUGUACUUAUUUCAACGAAUGAUACUUCGUUACUUUCUCUUCUUGCAUAUUCAACUUCAACGAUUGAAUGUGCAUUUGAAAUAGUUCUUGUACUUUCAACAUUAGCUAGUCUAUCAGAUAUAGCUCGUGUUAAUGAAUUAUAUCCAUCUGUUGUAACAAAAGUUAUUCAACCGAAAAAAUAUGCUGCAAGAAAUUAUGAUUUAGAUCAAAAAAUAGAUGAUGAAUUACAAUUACAUGGUUGUGAAUUAGUUAUACUUGAUCGUUAUGCAUGUCGUUUAUCAUCAUCAUUUAUUCAAGCAUGGCGUGGACGAUUAUUAAAUAUAUAUCCAUCAUUAUUACCAGCAUUUCGUCAUAGUACAUCACCAAUUCGUGAUGCAUUACAAGCUGGUGUUCGUAUAACAGGUGUUACAGUUCAUUUUGUAGCUGAAUCUGAUACAGAUAAUGAUGGACCAAUUAUUGCUCAAGAAAGUAUUCAUGUAACACCAAUUGAAAAUGAAGUUCAAUUAGAAAAUCGUUUACGUACACUUGAACAACAAUUAUAUCCGAAAGCAAUUGAUAUGGUUGCAUCAGGAAAAAUAAUUUAUCAAGGAAAAAAACGUAUGGGAAAAGUAAAUAUUGCUCCGACAAUUGCAUCUUCAGCUUAUUAA